AAAUAAAAAUGCCUCCAGUUCUAAACAAAGAUUUGCCUAUAAUUUUCAUUGUUGGUGGUCCAGGAAGUGGAAAGGGAACGCAAUGUGAUUUGAUUGUCAAAAAAUAUGGUUAUACUCAUUUAAGUUCUGGUGAUUUACUACGUGCAGAAGUUUCUUCAGGCUCUCCUCUAGGCUUGCAAUUCUCUGAAACCAUCAAAGCUGGAAAACUUGUAGAAUUGGAUUUGGUGCUUGAUUUGGUUGAGAAGGCGAUGCUUAAAGCUGUUGAAGCUGGGGCGAAGGGAUUUUUGAUUGAUGGAUACCCUAGAGAUGUUGAACAAGGAAAGCGUUUUGAAGAAAAGUUAUCUCCAAGCCAUUUGGUCAUUUUCUUUGAUGUUGUAGAAGAAACUUUGGUUAAACGCCUAAUGUUUCGUGGACAAACUAGUGGCAGAGAAGAUGAUAAUGAGGAAACAAUUCGUAAUCGUUUGCGUACUUUUUAUGAUGCAACCAAGCCUGUUGUGGAAUAUUACGAAGGAAAGGGGAAAUUGGCAAAGAUAAAUGCUGAGGGAACCAUUGAGGAUAUUUUUGCUGAGGUUUGCAAACAUUUGGACAAAUUGGAGAAGAAAUAG